GAGCGCUGGAAGCCACCACGCACCCUUAGAAACAACAGCCAACAAAACAGAGAUCACCAUGGGUACAGUUCAAGUAAGAGGAGUGGGAGGAGGUGCAGGAGGAGGAGGCGAAGCGGGAGAAGGAGUGGGAGGAGGAGCGGACAAAGGAGUGGGAGGAGGAAUGGGCGGAAUAGCAGGAGAAGCAGCGAGAGGAGGAGCAAGAGGAGCAGGCAAAGGAGCAGGAGGAGGAAUGGGCGGAAUAGCAGGACAAGCAGCGGGAGAAGGAGGAGCGGGAGGAGCGGGAGGAGCAGCAGGAGGGGGAGCGGGAGAAGGAGAGGGAGGAGGAGUGGGAGGCAGAGCGGGAGGCGAAGCAGGAGGACAAAGUUGAGAACCUGGAGAAGCAGUGGGAGAAGGAGGAGGAGCAGGAGGAGCGGGACGAGCAGCAGGAGAGGGAGAGGGAGAAGGAGAGGGAGGAGGAGCGGGAGGAGGAGUGGGAGGAGCGGGAGUGGGAGAAGGAGAGGAAGUGGGAAAAGGAGCGGGAGUGGGAGGAGGAGCGGGAGAAGGAGCGGGAGGAGUACAAAGUUGUGGUGGAGGAGCAGCUGGAGCGGGAGGAGUGGGAGAAGGAGCGGGAAGAGUCGGAGAAGGAGUGGGAGAAGGAGUGGGAGAAGGAGCGAGAGGAGGAGCGAGAGAAGGAGCGGGAGGGGAAACGGAAGGGGCGGAGGAGGUGCAGGAGGAAGAGCUGGAGGAGCGGGAGGAGGGGCGGGAGGAGGAGCGGCAGCCUGUAGGGGAAACAGGGACUCGCGGGUUAGGAACGGGAGAAGGAGCGCGAGGGGAAAUGGGAAGGGACGGAGGAGGCGUGGGAGGAGCGGGAGGAGGAGUGGGAGGAGGAGUGGGAGGAGGAGCAGGAGGGGAAACGGGGAGGGGGUUAACGAACGUGGGGGAGGCGGCGCCGAGAGGGCGCGAUCAGCUACAGCAAGUGGGGUAGGAGCCCUUCUUCUUCUUCGGCACCUUUGUCAUAAAUCAACGCACCUUCGCAAG